AUGGACCUGAACCCCAAAUACGACGACUAUGACUUUCCCUAUGAGUCCGCUGUGGCGCAGAACGGUCACCCCGGACACUUGACCGAACAGCAGAUAGCCGCAGUUCACCAGCUACGGAUGAUGCUGGAGGCUGAGGGAUAUACAGAACGACUUGAUACCUUGACAUUGCUGCGAUUCCUCCGUGCUCGCAAAUUUGACGUCAAUCUGUCGAAGCAGAUGUUCAUUGACUGCGAGAAGUGGCGAAAGGAAAUCAAGCUCGAUGACAUCGUCCCGGUCUGGGACUAUCCCGAGAAGCCGGAGGUUUCAAAAUAUUAUAAACAAUUCUACCAUAAGACAGAUAAGGAUGGCCGUCCCAUCUACAUCGAGACACUCGGUGGCAUUGACCUGACCGCCAUGUACAAGAUCACUACCGCUGAGCGCAUGCUUACCAACCUUGCCGUCGAGUAUGAGCGUGUGUCCGACCCUCGCCUCCCUGCUUGCUCCCGAAAGGCUGGUUCUCUUGUCGAAACUAGUUGUAGCAUCAUGGACCUCAAGGGCGUUACUCUUACCAAGGUGCCUUCUGUGUAUUCCUACGUCCGUCAGGUCUCUGUAGUCUCCCAAAACUACUAUCCUGAACGACUAGGAAAAUUGUAUUUGAUCAAUGCUCCAUGGGGUUUCUCUACCGUCUGGAGUGUGGUCAAGGGCUGGCUUGAUCCUGUCACUGUCAGCAAGAUUCACAUUUUGGGCUCUGGAUAUAAGCCGGAAUUGCUUAAGCAGGUUCCUGCCGAGAACCUACCCAAGGAGUUCGGCGGUACCUGUGAAUGUGAAGGGGGCUGCAUAAACUCUGAUGCCGGCCCCUGGCAUGACCCACAAUGGGUUAGACCUGCCAAGUGGGAGAAGAAGAAAGGAGAAGGAAAUAAGACAGAAACAAAGGAGGAGAACGGAGCCACCACGGCUCUUACCUCCGAGAAAAACGAUGCCGCCCAGACAACUGGCACCGAAUCCACCCCGGCACCCCCUGUUGCCGGGGCCUAG